AUGGUCGAGGCCGUUGGUUCAUCUCAUCAAGCAAGCUCCUACCGUUAUGACCUUGCUCUAGAUGAAUCCGCACGGGCAUACCGCACCACUGCGUUACGUCAAGUCAAUGGGAACCACAGACCUCUGACCCGGAAGAAUCGCCAGGCCAAUCAUUCUGGCAAUCGGUCCUCGACAUUAGCAUCUCAGCCAGUUCUGGUUCGGGCCUAUACUGGAAGUACUGAUGAUACUGGAGAAACAUCCAAUAUGCCUUUACGGCGGUCCUUUCUAUUUUCAGUUCGAUCUGAAGCGCCAAAGCGUGGCCCAAACCUUCCCUCGGAAGAGGAUUUUAGUAUCGACGGCAUUUUGCGAGCCAUCGAACCUGAAAUUCGAACCACUUUGGAUGCGAUUGGCGAAAUAUGCGGCCGUAGCAAACUCAGUUUGGCCAACGAGUAUGGAAGUCAUAUUGCGCCCUUGGGAGAGAUUCGGGCUCCUCCUGGCGGUCUCUUGACUGUCGAGGAAGCCAGCUCGGACCAUGAAAGACAACCUGAUGAUGCUGUAAUCAUCUUUGACGAUGACAGUAACAGUGUUGUAGGUGUGCGGGAUUACACCACUGUGCCUCAAUAUCGUUACUUAGAACAGACUGGACCAUCUACAGUCACAUCUUCUACAAUGGUGUAUCAAUCAUUCGUGCCGUUCUCCGUUGCAGAGGGCUUGUCAGUACUCGCGCAACCUGACACUCCGCGAUCGCUCCUUGCUGCCAACCUCGAUAAUAUUCCCUCAGAUCCCGUUGCAGAUUCAUUGCCUGCGACUAGAGAAUUUAUGUCGAAGCCGAACUCAAACGGCCGGACAUUGCUCGGAAGGCAGAACGAACCCGUCACAGAGGACCAGAUCAAGAGUAUCCUGACACCUGCGCUUGUGUCGGAGAUCCUCCUCGACGCACAAGCCAACGGCCAUUCAUUGCACUCCCUUCCUUCUGACCCUCACCAAGGCCGGCUGUCCGCAGGAGAGCACGGUGAUACCACGACAAGGGAUCGUGGACAGUCAGAUAAGCCGUCUGUGCUGACAGAUGUGCAAGCGCUGUUCAACUGGCUUAGGAGUGCUUCUCAUGACGGUCAACCUCGAUCCGCUGAAAAGCUGCUGCGUGCCAUGCUUGAGAGACAAAAUGGACAGCAUCCGUCAACGAACACAGGCUAG